GCGUAAUUUACGGCAAAGUUUAGAGACAGUACAUCUUGGAGUUGUGUUGUAGGCUGUUCUGCCCCUGGAUUAUGGCUCAGGUCCUGGCCGAUGUUAGCUGGAAGGUGCUCGAGUUAAGGGCCCGAUCUAAACGCUCAGCUCUAACAUUUUAAUUUCACGGUGAUUGCCCCUAACAACUACUAAUCGAUUGUGGGAAUUGCUGUAGUUUAGCCUGAGAAGUUUGUGAUUUGAUGCAACCAAUUGAAAUGGCCAAUUCAGCCGACAAGGCGGUUUCCUUCUCCCCAACUUUCUUAAGGUCUGGGAAGGAAUCCUAUGGCUCGGUGUAUGAACCAAUUAAGAGUUCGGACUUACCCAGGUCAGAUGAUGAAAGCCUGUGGGAGAAAUUAGAUCGAUAUUAUAGGAUUGUGAAAAUCACAGUGUUGAAUUAUCAGAGUCCACAGACUGGUUUGUUCCCGACAAGAACUGCUGGUGACUUUAAGAAUGCGAAGGUUCAUGACAGUCUGUACUGCGCUGCCAGUGCCUGGGCCCUUGCUCUUGCAUACAGGCGCAUUGAUGAUGACAAGGGAAGAACCCAUGAGCUGGAGCAUUCUGCUAUAAAAUGUAUGAGAGGAAUUCUGUACUGUUACAUGCGGCAGGCUGAUAAGGUUGAGCAGUUUAAACAGGAUCCAAGUCCACAAAAAUGCCUUCAUUCUAUAUUCAAUAUAGACACUGGAGAUGAGAUGUUAUCCUAUAACGAUUAUGGCCAUAUACAGAUAAACGCAGUGUCACUUUUCCUUCUGUAUCUUGUUGAGAUGAUAUCUUCUGGACUGCAGAUAAUCUACAAUACAGACGAGGUGUCAUUCAUUCAGAACCUUGUAUUCUGUGUAGAAAGAGCAUACCGUGUUCCCGACUUUGGAAUCUGGGAAAGGGGUAGCAAGUAUAACAACGGCAGCACAGAAUUGCAUUCCAGUUCUGUUGGUUUGGCUAAAGCUGCCCUUGAAGCCAUUGAUGGAUUCAACCUUUUUGGAAACCAGGGCUGCUCUUGGUCUGUCAUCUUUGUGGAUAUUGAUGCUCAUAACAGGAACAGGCAAACUCUCAGUUCAUUGCUUCCCAGAGAGUCCCGAUCCCACAACACAGAUGCAGCCCUCCUAACAUGUAUCAGCUACCCUGCAUUUGCUGUUGAUGAUGAUGCCUUGUUUAACCAAACACUGGAUAAAAUAGUACGUAAGCUUAAAGGAAAAUAUGGUUUCAAGAGGUUUCUAAGGGAUGGCUAUCGAACUGCACUAGAAGAUGAAAACAGACGGUACUACAAACCUGCUGAAAUUAAGCUGUUUGAUGGAAUUGAAUGUGAAUUCCCAUUGUUUUUUAUCUACAUGAUCAUUGAUGGUGUGUACAGAGGGAAUGCUGAGCAAGUGAAAGAAUACGAGGCACUCUUAGAUCCUGUGCUAUUUUAUGGACUUGACGGCUGUCCUGUGGUUCCAAAAUAUUACUAUGUGCCUGCUGAUUUUGUUGAAGCUGAGAAGAUGAACCCAAGCAGCCAAAAGAGAUUCCCUAGCAACUGUGGGCGAGAUGGAAAACUCUUUCUUUGGGGACAAGCUCUGUACAUUAUUGCUAAACUGUUGGUUGAAGAAUUAAUAAGUCCAAAAGACAUUGAUCCAAUGAACCGUUAUGUCCAUCUUCGGGAUCAGCGAAACAUCAGAAUGCGGUACUCUAAUCAGGGCCCCUUAGAAAAUGAUGCCAUGAUUCAUGUGGCACUGAUAGCCGAAAGCCAACGCUUGCAGGUUUUUCUCAACACUUACGGUAUCCAAACCCAAACCCCUCAACAAGUGGAACCUAUCCAGAUAUGGCCUCAGCAAGAACUUGUACAGGCUUAUCUUCAUUUGGGAGUAAAUAGCAAGAUGGGGCUCUCCGGAAGACCUGACAGGCCAAUUGGAUGUCUUGGCACAUCAAAGAUUUAUCGUAUUCUUGGGAAGACGGUUGUUUCUUACCCCAUUGUCUUUGAUUUAAGUGACUUUUACAUGUCACAGGAUGUAAUGCUUCUGAUCGAUGACAUACAGAAUGCUUUGCAGUUCAUUAGGCAGUAUUGGAAAAUGAAUGGACGUCCCUUGUUUCUGGUUCUCAUUCGGGAAGAUAACAUCAGGGGAAGUCGAUUCAAUCCAAUUUUAGACAUGUUGGCCUCUUUUAAGAAUGGAAAUGUGGCUGGGGUGAAGGUUCAUGUGGACAGACUGCAGACCCUAAUAUCUGGUGCAGUGGUUGAACAACUGGAUUUCUUGAGGAUCAAUGAGUCAGAAGAGGUACCUGAAUUCAGAAGUUUUGAAGAGCUUGAAGUACCUAAACAUUCAAAGGUUAACAGGCAAGCAAGCAUCCCUAUUGCAGAUAUGGAGCACCAGCCAGAGAUUAACAUUGGAGAGUGGAAACAAAAAACAACUUAUGAGGUUCUUGAGAAACUGAAUGACUGCACCUGCUUGGCAAGCCAGGCCAUCUUACUAAGUAUCUUACUUAAAAGAGAAGGACCUCAUUUUAUAACCAAGGAAGGUACUGUCUCUGAUUUUAUGGCAAGAAUCUAUAGAAAAGCUGGAAGCAAUAAACUGUGGUCGGUUGUACGUCUUGCUGCCAGUCUUUUAGGUAAAAUAGUGGACAGCCUUGCACCUUCUAUAACUAAUGUUUUAGUUCAGGGCAAACAGGUGACACUGGGAGUCUUUGGGCACGAGGAAGCUGUUAUUUCCAAUCCCUUGUCUCCAGGAGUGAUUAAGGAUAUCAUCUACAAGAAAUGUAGCCCUUAUGAUGAGCGAGAGGCUGUCCUGCAGCAAGAGCUGGUUAUUCACAUUGGCUGGAUUAUCUCGAACACACCGGAGCUUUUCAGCGGCAUGUUAAAGAUACGAGUCGGAUGGAUAGUUCAUGCAAUAAGGUAUGAACUGAAGAUCCGCAGUGGAGAUCAGCCAGAAAAGGAUAUCUACCAGCUGUCUCCGGGAGAAAUCAAACAGCUUCUCCUGUACAUACUUCAGCCUCAGCAGCAGGGGAGAUGUUGGCUUCAUCGAAGGCAGUUAGAUGGGUCGCUGAACCGAAACCCAUCUGGCUUCUAUGACAGAGUCUGGCAGAUCCUGGAGAGGACACCCAGUGGUAUCAUAGUUGCUGGCAAAUUUCUGCCCCAGCAACCAACUCUGUCUGACAUGACAAUGUAUGAGAUGAACUUCUCCCUUCUGGUGGAAGACAUGCUACAGAACAUCGCCCAGCCGGAAUAUCGGCAAAUUGUUGUUGAGCUGCUAAUGGUCGUCUCUGUUAUCCUGGAGAGAAACCCGGAGUUUGAAUUUCAAGAUAAAGUUGAUUUAGACAAACUAGUGAAGGAGGCAUUUAAUGAUUUCCAGCAAGACCAGAGCAGACUUCAGGGAGCAGAGAAACAGGAUGACAUGACAAAGUUUUACAAUACUCCCCCACUGGGCAAGCGAGGGACCUGCAGCUACCUGACAAAAGCAGUGAUGAAUAUGUUGCUGGAAGCUGAAGUCAAGCCAACGACCGAGGACCCUUGCAUUGUUAGCUGAAGAUUCUCAGCAGGCAACAAACUUCAACGUCAGCUUUAAUGCUUCUCUGUCAUGUACAAUGGAUGUGGCAAAUGCUCCCUGUAUUGCUGUUGUUUCAUAAGUGAGAGUUUUACUGAAGAAAACUUUCAUAUAAAUUGAGAUUUAUAGCUUUUGGCAGCUAAUGUAGUUAUACUGGAUUCAUGUUUGAUGUCUAGAAGAUAAUAUAUGAAGAAACGCCAUAAUUUGAUAUUGUAGGCUGGCAAAUCUGUGCGAUAGGAGAGGAACCUGCAGAAAUCCAGCAAUCAUUGAGCAAAAAUGUUAUUAUCCAAGGCAAUACAGCUGUUCUAGAGUUACCCCUUCUCAUCAUACUGUGCUUGCUGUCAGCUGAUUGGCAUGGAUGCUGGCAGUUACGGUUACUAAACUAAACAAAAAGAUUGACUUGAGAUCUACAGGUUGCCUCAAUUUGAACGGAUAUGAAUAAUCACAAACUUGUCAGUGAUCAGCUCUCGUUAACUUCUUGACUGUUAAAAACAAGUGGGAGCUGCUGUAUUUUAAGGUGUGUUUUUUUUUUUUGUGCAAAAUGGAUUGAAACAUAAUGCAGAAUUUUCUGUAUAUUCAAUAGCGCUAUUGAUGAAGCAGAAACUUGCAAUUAAGGAAGUUAGUAUUUUAGGUAUUGUUUAAGAAUUAACCUGUAUCUCUAAAUGUUCUUUUGAGCAGUCAGGUGCAGGAUGCAGAGUUUUACAGGAGCAAAGUUACAUUAAUAUAAAUUGAAGGUUAAAUUAAAUAUAAUUAAUGCUAUAAUAUAAUUUGAUUGGAUGCUGUCAGCCUGGCAAGACAAUUGGCAUGUUAGCAGCAUACUGUAUAGAGAUAGAAAUGUUAUACUGUUUGUACUGUAUGUACUGACAGCAACCAAUCAAAUUAUAUUAUAGCAUUCAUUAUAUUUAUGGCUUUGCACUGCUAUCAAUGAACUGGAAAGCUUUAUUUUCACAUAUAUAGAAAAUGCUUAAUAGCUCUAAAUCAAAACAUUACAUCUGUACGAAGUUUUACUGUGGGUGUCAGCCUUGCCAUGAGUGCAUUUGUGUUAUUGACUGCAUUCUUUUUUUGUUUGCAUGCCAACACACUGUCUGUGACUCUUUUGGAAUGUACAUUUACAGCUUCUAUGGUAAACCGCUUACUACCUACUCCAUGAAGAGAACCAAGGUAGACUUCUAGUUCCAAUCAAUAAUUAACCUGUAGAUCAGUCGUUCCCGAACUGCGGAGAUAGUCCCCUACGAGGACCCAGCUGGAAGACUACUUAGGGAUGUUUUUAAGUAGAAAGCCCUUUUACUUGAUGCUUUUGAAAUGUAUAUAAACAUCAUGUCCAGAGGCAUUGUAGAGCUCUUUGCUGCUCUCAUUGCUGUAUCAUGUCAACUUGCAGGAGACAUUUAGCCUUCAGAAAGUGCUCCUUGCUUUCCUUGCAACUUCAGUCUUACAGUUCCACACAUUGUAUUUACAUAAUCAAAGCCUGAUCUUUAUGGACACGUGUUCUAGAUUAUUGCACCAUGAAAGUACUGAAGGCAAAAGGGGGUAUUUUGCUUGAACCUUAUGUUAGCGUAUAGCAUAAUGAAAGGGAUUUCAAGAGAAAAGCUUUUUAUUAUUUCAAUCCCUGUUUUAAAAAGGAACAAGCACGUAUCACUUUUUGUCUGAAUUUGGAAUUUUGGAAUUUGGAAUAUUGAUGGUUGAAUACCAGUUGUGUUAUUAAGAAAAAUGCAUUAUUAUCAAAAUAAAGGAAUACAUAGUA